AUGAUCGCAAUUGGCAUGGAAGGCUCUGCCAACAAACUGGGCAUCGGUAUCAUGCUGCAUCCCAAAGAUGGCAGCCCUCCACAGGUCCUCGCCAAUAUCCGACACACCUAUGUCUCCCCACCAGGCGAGGGUUUCCUGCCCAAGGAUACUGCGCGCCACCACAGAUCCUGGGUGGUGAAGCUGGUCAAGCAGGCACUCAAAGAAGCCCGAGUUUCUGUUGACGAUGUAGACUGCAUCUGCUUCACUAAGGGACCCGGCAUGGGUGCCCCACUACAAAGCGUUGUGGUCGCCGCGCGAAUGCUGAGCUUGCUCUGGGGCAAGGAGCUAGUUGGAGUUAACCACUGCGUCGGACACAUCGAGAUGGGCCGUCUCAUUACCGGCGCAACCAACCCAGUCGUUCUUUACGUGUCCGGCGGUAACACACAAGUCAUUGCUUACAGCUCACAAAGAUAUCGCAUCUUUGGCGAAACCCUCGAUAUGGCAGUGGGUAACUGUCUGGAUCGAUUUGCGCGUACUCUGCAUAUCUCCAACGACCCGGCACCAGGAUAUAACAUUGAACAACUAGCCAAGCAGGGAAAGCAGCUAGUUGAUCUGCCAUAUGUUGUGAAAGGCAUGGACUGCUCAUUUUCAGGCAUCCUUGCUGCCAUUGAUGGCCUCGCGAAGGAGUGGGGUCUGGGCGGAGAAGAGAAGGCGAAGGAGGACGAGGAAAAGUCCAGCCAAAUUGCUGCUGCAAGCGAGUCAUUGGAGGACAAGCCCACUCGCGCCGAUUUGUGUUUCUCUUUGCAGGAAACCGUCUUCUCGAUGCUUGUUGAGAUCACUGAGCGCGCAAUGGCGCACGUUGGCUCCAAGCAGGUUCUUAUUGUCGGAGGCGUUGGCUCUAACGAGCGACUGCAAGAGAUGAUGGGAAUUAUGGCAAGGGAUCGCGGUGGUAGUGUUUAUGCGACGGAUGAGCGAUUCUGCAUCGAUAACGGUAUUAUGAUUGCGCAAGCUGGUAUGCUGGCUUAUGGAACCGGGUUCCGAACUCCUCUCAGCGAGAGUACCUGCACUCAACGUUUCCGCACGGAUGAAGUGUUUGUUAAAUGGCGAGAUUGA